CUCCGAGAUAACUUUACACAGUGGCAUGCAGUCCAGGCUCCGACCCAAGUGGCAAAUCCUUUUUUUUGAGACUCGGUUUUGGGGACGCUUGGAUAAUGAACACCCGGCCAUGCGAAGCGGCGCGAGUUGGUAAAGUUGUUGGGGGAGAUGGCUGUGUGCUUGUCACCAGACACAUUGUGUUUUUUCUAGUGACGUUGGUGUGUAGGAGUUCAUUUGAGUUCUAGCUGACGUUGCUGGAAAUUUGAGGUAGGAUGAGCUUUGGGGUUGGUUGGUGAACGUGGCACCGUCUACGUCAAAUUCCAUUGAGUAGUGAGUUUCUGGAUUUGAGAGUGUGGGGGAAUUUUUUUCGGAGGUAGAGGAUUUGUGUGUGAUUUUGGUUUGGUGGGUGUGGAGAGUAUGGCGGAUGCCGCAGGAGCUGGCACUGUGAUCGUUGGCGCAGGUCCGGCAGGGUUGCUGCUCGCACACUUGUUGUUGCAAGCGAAGCCCAAGCCUCACUUCCUCCCUGUGCGCGUCUUUGAAGCUCGAAAUGACCCACGCACCCCAUUACCGCUGUAUAAGGAGAGACAGUAUUGCGUAGGGUUGAGCGCUCGUGGUCAGGAUGGAAUCAAGAGAGUGGAUGGACUUUGGGACGAAGUGGAAAAGCGCGGCAUGCCAAGCUCGCAAUUCGUUUUGCAUACAGGGAAUCGAGCCAUAGCUCUGAAGCGGAACCCUGGGAAGCCGUCGUUGCUGAUCAAUCAAAGGGCCUUGGCUGCUACUCUUGUCUCUGAACUUGAGAGCAGAUAUUCUAAAGACGACCUAGAGGUCAAUUUCAAUACUCGCUGUGAACGAGUCGACUUCAAAUCUCGAACUGUCUCCUUCAAUGGAAAGUCAGAGAAUCCGGUGUCGUACAAUCUUUUGGUAGGCGCAGAUGGUGCGAGAUCCGCUGUACGCAACGAAUUCAUAACUCAACGAGGCUUCGACUACAAGCAAACCAACAUGCCUUACACAUUCAAGGUCUUGUAUGUUCCCAGACCACCCGAACUUUCUGAGGAAGCCGUGCACGCUUUCAGGGUGACGAAGGACGAUGCGGUUGACGAGAAUGGAAAACAAUCUGGGGGAUUUAAGCUUCCAUUUACUGGCACAGCGAGCAAGACAAGCUUACGGUUCUCGUGUUUUCCCACGCCUGGAGACGGAAUGUCAGUGCUAAUCGAAUGGUCACCUGGCACUACUCCUACUGAACUUCUAAGCAUUAAGUCAGCAGGAGAGUUGAAGACGUACAUUGAGAAGUACAUGCCCCCCUUGAAAGUACCUGUCGAAGCUGCUGAGGUGUUCAUUAAUCAGCGUCCUACAUCGUCAAUGAAGGUAUAUUGUAGUAAGUUCCAUGAUGCUGGUGGUAAGGCCGUCUUGAUAGGUGACGCUGCUCAUGCUAUGUCCAACGCCCUUGGUCAGGGUUGCAAUUCCUCCCUACAGGAUGUUGUGACACUAUCGCAAUGUCUUCAUGAGGUAGAGGACCUUACGAAGGCCCUCGAGAGAUAUACAGAGAAGCAGACACGUGAAGACCACGCAGCAGCAUAUCUCUCAGAGUUUGCCUUUCCACAAGCAAAAUGGGUGCUCCCGUUUUUCUACUUGGGAAAUAUUGCACAGCCUGCUUUAGGCAAAGUCCUUCCUCCUUCCAUUUUAGCACCUCCCAUCCAGAGCCUCUGCUCGGAGACUCUCACACCCUACUCAGAGAUCGUGCGAAUUCACAAGAGGUGGUUGUCAUUUGUGGAAAUCACAAAUAAGAUGGCGGCUUCAAAAGGCCCAGACAGCUGAUAUGUAAGUCUGAUGAGUUCAAACCUCUCCAACGUCAUCCAUUUUUGUGAGCAUUUUUACAAGGACCAACGUUGUGCCCUUCGAAAGCACUUUCCUGUAGUACAUAAUUGUGUAAGCGAUUUUCAUUUUGGUAGGCUGUGAAACAUGAAUACAGGCUUCUUUUUAAAAUUGUUUCUAAUUCUUUUAGAUGCAGUAAAAUCUCUUCAAUGUUUCUUUUGUCUAUCUGUACGCUGCUUACACAUAAGUAGUUUUGGCUACAUUUUCUAUAUAUCUCACAGGUUUCUAUGUA